AAGGGGAGGAUUUUCGUCCCUACAUACAAUUCUGUCUGUGUUUCAAAACGAGCUUCAGCGGUGCACAGCUUGCCAGCUGGCGUCUCCAUAGCUGGCCGACCAUUUGGACAGUAAACCCCUUCACAACGUCUCUCGCCUCUGUCCAACGUGGACAGUAGCUUGAGUCUCAAACCUCCUCGACAUGGUUGCCAGUAUGUAUGGAUUUUGAGAAAGUCAGGCAGAUCCCAGGUUCGAAUCUCCUGAAGCGAUGUCUCUGCGCAUAAAGGCCGUAGUGGAUAAGUUCGUGAAGGAGCUGAAGGAGGCGUUGGAAGCAGACAUACAAGACAGGAUAAUGAAAGAGCGGGAGAUGCAGAGUUAUAUUGAGGAGCGUGAGCGUGAAGUUGCCGAGCGCGAGGCCGCCUGGAAAGCCGAACUUUCUCGCAGAGAGGCUGAAAUUGCAAGACAAGAAGCAAGGUUAAAAAUAGAGAGGGAAGACCUAGAAAAAGAGAAAAGUGUCCUGAUGGGUACUGCAUCAACUCAAGAUAAUCUAGAUGGUGCCUUGGAAAUUACUGUAAGUGGAGAAAAAUAUCGCUGCCUAAGAUUCUCUAAAGCUAAAAAAUAACAUCUCAAGCUUUAGAAGGGUCAGCUUAGCAUUGUCUUGUAAAGUCCAAAAGUUAAUUUGUUCAUUCUAUUGGCAAGAUAAUUCCAUUUACAUUCCUUCAAUCUCUUCAAUUCAGGCCACCUUUUUCCCUAUUUAUAAGCAGAAGGAAAAGAGAUUAUUUUUCUCCCAUGAUUUCCUUAAAUUUCUCUUGUAAAAGUUCGAACUGGGAAAUGCAUAUGUCUAACUUGGUUCCUGAUUCA